CCGUGCUGUGAGAUCAGGCCUCAGCAGAGCCCGGGUCAUAAGUGUCUAGGGCUGGUCGCCUGCGGGAUGGACUCUCUAACUGUGCGGCGAGAAGAAACAUCAGAAGCUUUUAUUCUUGGGCUCCAAGUCCUGACGCACCCUUUUCUGGACCGGACCCUACAAGUCUUCCGCCUGCUGGCGCAUUAAGUUUAGGCACUCCAGACCAAUGGAUUCCACGCCAGUGCGGCCUUGCGCGGUGGCAGUCAUGGAGGCCUGUGCCGCCCGGGACCCUGAGAUGGCCGAAGUGCUGCCCCAGCACAAGUUCGACUGCAGGUCCCUGGAGGACUACCUAAGCCAACAUUUGCCCGGCUUUGUGGCCGAGCCGGAGACCACGCUGUCAGUUACCCAAUACAGAUUAGGACAGUCCAAUCCAACCUUUUAUCUCCAGAAGGGCAUUCAAGCAUAUGUACUCAGGAAAAAACCACCUGGUUCACUUCUUCCGAAAGCACACAAGAUUUAUAGAGAAUUUCAAGUCCAGAAAGCCUUGUAUUUGAUUGGAUUCCCUGUUCCCAAGCCUUUACUGUACUGCAGUGAUGCUUCUAUUAUUGGAACAGAAUUUUAUGUGAUGGAACAUGUGCAGGGGAGAAUCUUUCGUGAUUUCACAGUUCCUGGAGUUAGCCCAGCAGAGCGCUCGGCCAUAUAUGUGGCCAUGAUUGAAACCUUGGCUCGAUUACAUUCCUUGAAUGUACAGUCAUUGCAGUUGGAGGGAUAUGGCAGGGGAACUGGGUGCUGCAAAAGACAGGUAUCAACCUGGACAAAGCAGUAUCAAGCUACAGCUCAUCAGGACAUCCCUGCCAUAAGCCAUCUAUCUGACUGGCUAAUGAAAAACUUGCCAGAUAAUGACAAUGAACAAUGUUUGCUUCAUGGAGAUUUCAAACUAGAUAACAUAGUUUUCCACCCUAAAGAGUCUCGAAUUAUAGCGGUACUGGAUUGGGAGCUUUCAACCAUUGGUCAUCCUUUGUCAGACUUAGCUUAUCUUUGCGUGUUCUACUUUUGGCCAAGGACAGUUCCAAUGAUAAAUCAUUGUUCUUAUUUUCAAGAAAACAUAGGGAUACCAUCAGUGGAAGAACUGAUUUCAAUAUAUUGCCGCCACAGGGGAAUUAAUUCUGUUCUUCCUAACUGGAACUUCUUUCUGGCUCUUUCAUAUUUUAAAAUGGCUGGAAUAGCACAGGGAGUCUACAGUAGAUAUCUGCUGGGAAAUAAUUCAUCUGAGAAUAGCUUUUUGUUUGCCAAUCUUGUGAAACCUCUGGCAGAAACUGGAUUACAACUCUCAAAAAGAACUUUCAAUACCGCACUACCACAGACUGAUACUGCUGGACAUUUGUUUGUACAGACUAGGACAGGCCGAGAAGUUCUUACUAGGGUGAAGGAUUUCAUGAAACAACACAUCCUUCCAGCUGAAAAGGAGGUAAUUGCGUUCUAUGUUCAAAAUGGAAAUUCUGUGGAUAAGUGGAGAAAACCUUUAGUGAUUGAUAAACUCAAGGAAAUGGCCAAAGCAGAGGGCCUCUGGAACCUGUUUUUGCCAGCUGUAAGCGGACUCAGCCAGGUGGACUAUGCCUUCAUUGCUGAAGAAACAGGAAAAUGCUUUUUUGCUCCAGAUAUCUUCAACUGCCAAGCACCAGACACAGGGAACAUGGAGGUGCUGCACCUAUAUGGAAGCGAGGAACAGAAGAAGCAGUGGCUUGAGCCUCUUCUUCAAGGGAGCAUUACCUCCUGCUUCUGUAUGACAGAGCCUGGUGUAGCUUCAAGUGAUGCCACCAAUAUUGAAUGUAGCAUCCAGCGAGAUGGCAAUAGCUAUGUAAUUAAUGGCAAGAAGUGGUGGAGCAGUGGAGUUGGAAGUCCAACUUGCAAAAUUGCAAUUGUUAUGGGAAGAACUGAAAAUUCUUCUGAGUCCAGACACAAACAACACAGCAUGAUUCUUGUUCCAAUCAACACACCUGGAGUAGAAGUAAUAAGGCCUUUGUCAGUUUUUGGCUACAUGGAUAAUUUUCAUGGAGGACAUUUUGAGGUCCAUUUUAAUCAAGUGCGAGUUCCUGUCACCAAUUUAAUACUAGGUGAAGGAAGGGGAUUUGAAAUUGCCCAAGGCCGCCUUGGACCUGGCAGAAUCCACCACUGCAUGAGAACAGUAGGUUUGGCUGAACGUGUUCUGCAGAUCAUGUGUGAACGUGCAACACAGCGGGUGACCUUUAAGAAGAAACUAUCUGCACAUGAGGUCGUGGCCCACUGGAUUGCUAAAAGCCGCAUUGCCAUCGAUCAGAUUCGCUUGUUGACCCUGAAAGCUGCAAAUAGCAUCGACACUGUGGGCAGUGCUCGCGCCAUGAAGGAGAUUGCAAUGAUCAAAGUGGCUGCCCCGCGAGUGGUCUGCAAAAUCAUUGACCGAGCCAUCCAAGUGUGUGGAGGUGCAGGUGUUUCCCAGGACUAUCCUCUGGCUAACAUGUAUGCGCUAACCCGAAGUUUGCGCUUGGCAGACGGGCCCGAUGAAGUCCACCUCUCAGCAGUCGCAGGAAUGGAGCUGCACGACCAAGCCAAAGCACUGACAGCCAAAUUGUAGGGCGGGUAACACCACACAUUCCACUGGCAGAAACUCUCCUUUACACAAACUUAACCAGCCCCAGCGUUUGACACACAUUAUAUUUUUGGAGCAACUUGAGAAUAGGGUUAGUUACUCACUUUUGGUAUUGAUUUUAGCAUCUAUUUUGAUCUCAUUGGUUUUCACAGAUUUAAAUUAAAUAGGAAAUUCUGUAGUUGUUGUCACUCUGUCUAGUACUUAAAUAGUUUAACAUUUAUUUUUUUAAACACUAAAAUUGUAAAGAGAUCAUGAAGUAAAUUGGAGCGCUAAAGCAUAGGCAUAAGAAUAUUUUCACUUUUUGAUUUUCAGGAAUUGUUCUGUGUAAUACUCAAGCAAUAUUUAAUCAUUGUGUUGAAAAAUAUAGUGGGACCUCUUUUUUGAUACUGGUUUUAGGGGCUGAUUUAACACUGUAAACCAGCUGAGAAAGGUAAGUAUUUUAAUGGAUGUUUACACUAGAGAAAGAAGCACGACUAACGGGCCACUUUAGAAUUCGUAUCAUUAUAAGCCUCUUUAUAAUUCCACAGGAAACAUUUAUGCAUGAAAUCCGAACGUGGUAUAAAGUUUGCUAGAGAACAUGGCAUACUGUGAGAAAAUUAAGCAUAAUUUAAAUUUUUUAUAAAAAUGUUGAUGAGUUAAGUGGACAGUUUAAGCCACAAAAAGUUACACAGCUUUGAGUUUAAAGAUGGUCCACUCUGAACGCAGUCCUGUUAAUAGCAAACACCCUGUGGCUGUUUAAAAUCAGCACAGCCUAGUACAGUGGCCAUUAGCCUCAUGAACCUCUUGGGCACUUGAAAUGUGCCUAGUGAGACAGGAACUGAAGUUUUAAAAAUUUUGAUCAAUUUAAAUACGAUAUUCAACUCAGUUAGUGGAAAACUUUUAAGUAUGCUUGGAAUAAGUUGGGAAUGUGAAACUACUUUUUCAACUGUGAAUUUUAUGAAAUCUAAAUACACAGCAAGUAUUUUAAAUGAAAAUUUAGCAUCCAAAUUAAGAAAUGACAGA